AUGUCUUCGCUCCCUCCAGUAUACAUUGUCUCUUCUGCCCGAACUCCCGUGGGCUCUUUUCUGGGGUCCCUUUCCAGCUUGACUGCCCCACAGCUCGGUUCCCAUGCCAUCAAAGCUGCUGUUGGUAAAGCUGAAGGUAUCAACCCUUCGGACGUUGAAGAAGUUUUUUUUGGUAAUGUUCUCUCUGCCAAUGUUGGGCAAAACCCUGCCAGACAAUGUGCUCUUGGUGCUGGUCUGGCUGAGUCGACUGUUUGCACUACCGUUAACAAGGUUUGCGCCUCUGGUCUGAAGGCAAUCAUCCUCGGAGCGCAGACAAUCUUGACUGGAAAUGCCGACAUUGUCGUGGCUGGUGGAGCUGAAUCUAUGUCGAACGCUCCUCACUACCUCCCGAACCUCCGCACAGGUGCCAAGUAUGGCCACCAAAGCUUGGUGGAUGGUAUCAUGAAGGACGGAUUGACCGAUGCAGGGAAACAAGAACUCAUGGGGUUGCAAGCCGAGGAGUGCGCCCGGGACCAUGGCUUUACUAGGGAGGACCAAGAUAACUACGCCAUUCGCACAUACGAAAAAGCCCAAGCUGCACAGAAGGCCGGUCUUUUUGACGAUGAAAUCACACCUGUCGAACUCCCCGGGUUUAGGGGUAAGCCAGGUGUCACUGUGUCGCAAGACGACGAACCAAAGAAUCUCAACCCUGAUAAACUUCGAGGCAUCAAGCCGGCGUUUGUUCCUGGCUCGGGAACCGUGACGGCUCCUAACUCAUCUCCUCUCAAUGAUGGUGCCGCAGCUGUCGUUCUUGUUUCAGAAGCCAAAUUGAAGGAGCUUAACCUUAAGCCUGUUGCGAAGAUCAGAGGCUGGGCAGAUGCUGCUCAACAGCCUAGCAAGUUCACAACUACACCAUCCCUCGCAAUCCCCAAGGCUCUCAACCACGCGGGACUGACGCAAGAUGCCGUUGAUGCUUUCGAAAUCAAUGAAGCAUUUAGCGUCGUUGCUCUUGCUAACAUGAAGCUACUUGGCCUUUCCGAAGAAAAGGUCAAUAUUCAUGGUGGUGCAGUGGCUGUUGGUCAUCCUAUUGGCGCUAGUGGUGCUCGUAUCGUAGCCACUUUGCUUGGUGUCCUAAAGGCAAAGAAUGGCAAGAUUGGUUGCGUUGGAAUUUGCAACGGAGGUGGCGGUGCCAGUGCGCUGGUGGUCGAAUCGCUUCUCUGA